GCAGAUUGGUGCGGCGGGGCGGUGGGCGGGGCGAGCAGGCCACAGUCAGGGGGUCGGAGUCAGGGCCACUCAGCGUCGCUGGCCCUUCGGGAGCCCGGCGGGAUGGGGCGGCGGGUGCGCCUGUCGCUGCUGUUAUGCCUCGUGGUGCUUUGGGUCGCAGGACUGGCCGCCGCCGAUGAAGAGGGAAAUCAGGAUGAAUCACUGGAGUCAAAGACUUUAUCUGCAGAGGACCAGGUAAAGGACCAUUCCACAGGAACUCGAGUGGUAGCAGGUCAGAUCUUCCUCGAAUCAGGGAAAUCGGACUCUCAGUCAGAGGAUGAAGAGAACUUUCACAGUCAAGAGGAGGAAAAAGAAAAUUCGCUAGAAGAAUUGAACUCUCUAGAAAUGUCAAAUCUAUUAAAUAAAGACUUGGAAGAAGCAGAAGUACAGAGUCCAGUUUUGACAGCUAUAGGAGGCACUGCAGAUGGUGAACCUUGCCACUUCCCCUUUUUGUUUAUGGAGAAGGAAUAUCCAGAGUGCACUGCAGAUGGGAGGGAAGAUGGCAGGCUUUGGUGUGCAACAACCUACGAUUACAAGAAAGAUCAAAAGUGGGGCUUCUGUGAAACUGAAGAACAGUCUAAUAAGAGGAGGCAGAUGCAAGAAGCUGAAGAUGUUUAUCAGACUGGAAUGAAAAUCCUCAAUGAAAGUAGUAAAAAGGCUCAGAAAAAAGAAGCGUAUCAAUAUCUUCUGAAAGCAGCUGACAUGAAUCAUACCAAGGCAAUGGAGAAAGUGUCUUAUGCUUUGUUGUUUGGGGAUUACUUGAAGCAGAACAUACAAUCAUCAAAAGAACUAUUUGAAAAAUUAACAGAAGAAGGUUCUCCUAAAGGACAAAUGGCUCUUGGAUUUCUGUAUGCAUCUGGUCUAGGAGUCAAUUCUAGUCAAGCUAAGGCCCUGGUGUAUUACACUUUCGGAGCUUUAGGAGGAAAUCUUAUUGCCCAUAUGAUCUUAGGUUACCGGUACUGGGUUGGGAUAGGAGUCCUUCCAAGCUGUGAAUCUGCUCUCACUCACUACCGACUUGUAGCUAAUCAUGUUGCUAGUGACAUUUCUUUGACUGGUGGCACAGUAGUUCAGCGAAUUCGCUUAGCAGAUGAAGUAGAAAAUCCAGGAAUGGCAAGUGGUAUGCUAGAAGAUGACCUGAUUCAGUAUUACCAGUUUUUAGCAGAGAAAGGAGAUGUGCAAGCACAGGUUGGCCUUGGACAGUUGCACUUACACGGUGGAAGAGGAGUAGAGCAAAAUCAUCAGCGAGCAUUUGAGUACUUCAAUCAAGCAGCUAAUGCUGGCAAUUCACAUGCCAUGGCUUUUCUAGGAAAGAUGUAUUCAGAAGGAAGUGAUGUUGUACCUCAGAGCAAUGAAACAGCUCUUCAGUAUUUCAAGAAAGCUGCUGAUAUGGGUAACCCAGUUGGACAGAGUGGAUUAGGAAUGGCUUACCUUUAUGGAAGAGGUGUUCCAGUGAACUAUGAGCUAGCACUGAAGUAUUUCCAGAAGGCUGCAGAACAGGGAUGGGUUGAUGGGCAGCUUCAACUAGGUUCCAUGUAUUACAAUGGCAUUGGAGUAAAGAGAGACUAUAAACAAGCCUUGAAGUAUUUCAACUUGGCCUCCCAGGGUGGCCAUAUUCUUGCAUUUUAUAAUCUGGCUCAGAUGCAUGCUACUGGCACUGGAGUGAUGCGAUCCUGUCAUACUGCUGUUGAGUUGUUUAAGAACGUGUGCGAACGGGGGCGUUGGUCUGAAAGACUUAUGACUGCCUACAACAGCUAUAAAGAUGGUGAUUCAAAUUCUGCUGUGGUUCAGUAUCUUCUUCUGGCAGAACAAGGCUAUGAAGUUGCACAAAGCAAUGCUGCUUUCAUAUUUGACCAGAAAGAAGCUAGCAUAGUAGAAGAAAAUGAAACCUAUCCUCGAGCUUUGCUUCACUGGAAUAGAGCAGCUUCUCAAGGAUAUACUGUUGCAAGAAUUAAACUUGGAGAUUACCAUUUUUAUGGCUUUGGUACUGAUGUUGAUUAUGAAACUGCAUUUAUUCAUUAUCGACUGGCAUCAGAGCAACAGCACAGUGCUCAAGCAAUGUUUAAUCUGGGCUACAUGCAUGAGAAGGGGUUGGGCAUCAAGCAGGAUCUUCAUCUUGCAAAACGUUUCUAUGAUAUGGCAGCUGAAGCAAGCCCAGAUGCUCAGGUUCCUGUCUUCCUAGCGCUUUGCAAGCUUAGAGUGAUUUAUUCCUUGCAAUAUGUACGAGAAAUCAAUAUAAGAGAGGUAUUCUCACAUGUUGAUAUGGACCAGCUGCUGGGGCCUGAGUGGGAUCUUUACCUUAUGACCAUCAUCGCCUUGCUUCUGGGAACAAUUAUAGCUUACAGACAAAGGCAACAUCAGGCAAUUCCCAGACCAGCAGGACUGCGGCCAGCUGUGCCUCAACAAGAGCCACCACCAGAGCAUCAACCACCACAAUAGCAACAAAAGCCUCAGUGAAAGAACUGGAUUUUUCCAAAAGGAACAAUUUUCAUUGUGAUUUAGGACUUUGGAUUAAUGGUCCCUCCCCCAAAAGAGGCGCAAAGAAGCUGAGGAAAACAAAGUCUGAAAGCUGCUUAGAAUGUUGCCUUUUUUCAGGGAUAAGAAAAUUCUAUUGAAACUGAUUUGAAUGUUAUUUCAGUGCCAAUGGAAUAACACUAUGGCUUUUUUCAUAGAAACACAAGAGUGCUACUACAAAAUUGUUGUUGCCUGCUGUAUCUAGUUCCUCUUUAUUCAGAGUCCUUUUCAUCUCCUAGAGAUAGCAGAAGGCUAGCAAUGAAAGGCUUUUGCCUGCUUGAUAGCAGUUGCCCUCUACAAAAGUAAGAACAAUUUUAUGGCCGAUUCAAGUCCCUAGAAGCUGAAUGAUAUUGAAACUCUAAAAAUACUAGAGCUGUAUAAAUUUAUAUUCUGAUCUCCAUCCCAAGUAUUUCUACAAUCCUUAUUUAAUUUUCUUAAUAUUUCCUACACUUUGGUCUUUCAUGCUGCCAUGGGUGGUUUAACAUGGAUUAUUUAUAAACUCUCUAAAACUAGCCAGUAAACACACCACUCUCUAUUUGUGAUUUUUUUUUUUUUUUUUUUUUGAGUAUUUUCCUCUGUUCCCCUUAGACUAGACUAGACAGUUCUCAGCAGACAGUAUGUAGCCCAGAGGCAGACUGGGACAGAUUGGGUCUGUAAAGCUCAUCAGUUGAGAACUAUCCACAUGGUGCCCAGAUCUUGCAUCCUUCUAGAACUUUUUUGGAGCCUGUGUACUUGGCAAUACUUUAUAACAUAAAACCAAAUUGGUAGUGUUCCUAAAUUAUUUAAAUUUACUCUGACAAAGAGGCUGAGUCUGGGUUGCAGAAAGCACCAGUAUUAUUGUGGACACUGAAGAAAGGACAGAGCCAGAAAUCUCAGUGAGUUAGCUUACAUUUUUGUUUGAUUUUAGAGAUGGAAGUUUUGUAUUUAAUUUUCAGCAAUCCUGUAAGUGAUCUGCACUGCAACAAGGAAAAAUAUGCUAUCUCAUGAAUGCAUCU